AUGGCAUCGUGGGACGCGCUGAACAACUCGAUAAAAGAGUUGAGUUUGGAAGAGCAGCAGGCGAUCAGAAGUGUGCUCGAAAAGGAUUUGGAGUUUCAGCAGUUGGAGCAGAACCGUAUUAGGUCAGUUUUGGCCUUUUUUUGAGGUACUAGAGCUCUAGCUGCUUUGCAGAUCGCUGUCCACAUGCGUCGCCAUCAAAAAGAACAGUCUGCAGGAGAAGCGACGCGCGAGUUCGAUGGCCGGCUCCGAGUCCUCCGAGAGCGGUCUCUCGUCGCCCGGAAAUGUGUCUCACGGGUAACGAAACAUUUCGCAACCGUUGUUUCCUUUGCAUUUUGACCGAAUUUGCCAGUUGCAAAACGACAGCGGUUGCGAAAAAUGCAUGCGUUUUCCAGAAGAACCUCGCCGCUUCCCAAGUGGAAUAAUCGGGUGUGCUCGAUCUGUCAAUGCACGCUCGGUUACAUUCUGAACAGUGGGACAAAGUGCAAAAAAUGUUCCGUUGUACGUUCCGCGCUAUUUUUAACAUCAUAUUCUCCUGCUUCCAGUCCCUCUGCGAGAAGUGCGCUCACUCGGUGACCACUGGAACCGGCGAGAAAGCUCUGAAAUAUCAUUUGUGCACAAUUUGCUAUAGUGAACGGUACGUUUGUUAUCGAUUUCGGAUGCUAGGCCACGACCGCGUGAAUUUACCCGGAUAUUUCGGAGAACAACGCGAUUUUACAGUUUUCUGCUUGAAAAUAAGCAUUUUUAGGCAUUUCCGUCGAUUUUCUCGAAAAUACGAACAAAAAUGUACUGCUCCGAGCGUAAUCGAUCGGCCAGAGUUAUGGGGUUAUUCAGGCUGUGAAAAAAUGAUUGUUUUCCGUUUUUUUUUCGUUUUUUUACGUCAAAAAUGCAAUUCAGCGAUGUAAAAAAAAAACGAUAAAAACGCAAAACAAACAUACGCUGAAUAGCGCCAUUAGAAAAGCGGAAAAUUACAAGUUAAUCGAAGAAAAUUAACAACCGAUUGGAGAGACACGACGGAAAUGCCUAAAAAGGCAAAAAAAAUCAUGAAAACGCAUCAAAAGACGUACAACAAACAUUAAAAUUGUGUCGUUUUCCGGAAAAUCAUUGAAAAAAGUCGCGUCGAGACGUUUGCCUAUUUUCAGAGAGCUCUCGGCGGCGAAGAACGAGUGGGUCGCCGGAUCGGACGAGCAAACGUCGGAAAAGCUGCUGAAUGUGAUGAAAAUCACGGAGAAACGAAAUUCCGUGCAAAUUCCCGCGACGUCGCUCGCCAACAAAGGUAUCGGUGUUUGCGGACGCGGCGCCGGCUUUGACGACAAUUUGCAGGAAAAGCGCCGUACAAACGUAAUCUGACGCUGCCGGCGAUUCAGACCAACUUCCUGAGCGUUCCCGAUGAGGAGCCGGGAGUUAUUCAGUCGGCCGGCGGAAAUUCAUCAAACUCGAAUUUCUCGCCAAAAUUCUGGGGAGGCUCUCCGUCGCCGAGGAGUCCCAGAUCGUUCUCCUCCGCCAACUCUUGUACGUUUUGCAACUGGUUCGGCGGGCGUUGCGAAAUGUCCCAUUGUUUCAGCAAUCUCCAAUCUCUCGUCGACAACUCCGAAUGACUCGCUUCGUGCUCUUCAUCCAAGGUUUGUGUGAACUCUUUUUGGUGAAAAUGGGUCUCGCCACGAGAAACAAAAUGAUUUGUGGCGCUCCUUUAAUACUGUACCACGGCGAACAAAAGUGUAGAAAGGGGCGUGGCCUAAUCUGAGACGCGUUUUCUGAAAAUUGCCGCAAUUUCAGCUCUUUUCCGCCAUUUUUGUGUCUGAUAUCGACGAAAGAAGAGACAUUAAUGAGAGAAAACAUUGAAAUUUUCGUGAAAACGCCGCGCUUGAGACGUUUUUGGCAUAUUUCGCAAUACGCUCUCCGCGGCCAAUCGCCGCCGCAAUUUCGGUAUUUUCAUAUAAAUUUUCAUGCCGAUCUGGAUAGUUUUGAGACGAAGUGAGUGUCGGAAGUGAUUAAGCACGUUAAUACAAGUAUUUUAAGCGUUCAAACGGCAAAAAGUAUCGGCGAAUGACUGAAAUUCGCGCAUUUUCAGCACAAAAUUUGAAAAUCGAUUUAAUUGAUUCAUUCGCUGAAUGAAACCUGCUCGUUUUAAGCUCAAAAAGUGCGCGAUGAUUAGUUUAACAAAGUUAUGCAAUUACAUCGUCGAAAUCGUACAAAAUUUCGGUAAUUUUUGACGAAAAAUAUGAAAAAUUGGGGUUAAAUUUCGAAAAAAAACCGUGCACGCUAGACCACGCCCCUUUCUACGUUUUUGGUCGCCGUGUGUACUCGAAAAGAAAACCAGUCACUUCUUUGUGCAAUCUGUCAGCGUUUUUUUUUUUUGAAAGAAAUAUUUCCAGAGAACCAAUUGGAAGCCCGGCGCCACGACCAAUGUCCAGCACUCCGUUGACCGGCGUUCCAGAAGAUUCGGUAAGAAAUUCGGGUGGCCUAGCUCUUUCGCCUCGGAUCCUAGGCCGCCACGUCCGUCUUCCUCGUUCGCCGAACCCCCCCACUGUGUUGCAGAUCGCUCCGAUUCCAGUGGAACGCCGUCGAAGCGCGUUCGAAGGCUCGCGAAGGUCAGGAAAACUGCGUCGUCAAAGCGAGGCGUCGGUGCCCACUUUCCGCCUGAGCAUGUGCUAAUUUUCCGUUCAUUCCCGCCAGGCUUUCUCGGAAUCACUUUGGUGACACUUUUUUCUACUACGAUUAUUCCAUUUCCGAGAGCUCCUGAAAUCCAACCUCAAACCCUUAUUUUUCCGUGUGUUCCCUUUGUGAAUGUUAUUUGUGUUCCCGCCGGCUACUGUGCCUACAGUAGUAGCCCGUCCUUGAUCUCUCGAAAAGUUUUCAUUAAUGAGAAUGUCUAUGAAACAAUCUAAUAAAUGUGUACGUUUUCUGGGCGUGGUUUCGGGCUUCAAAUAAGUUCUGGAAACGAUUGUUUGAGCGAAAAACUUUAGAGAUCCCCGUAAAUUCGUCGAAGCCGUUCUUCAAUACGAUCGGAACCGCGCCCUUUUGACAGUUCAUGUCAUUCUGAUUCGAUCGGAGAAGGAAAAGAUAAAGAGACCCGAAGUGGAGGAGUUUUUGCAUUUGGAGGUAUGUUAGCGAUCAGUUGGGACCAUACGGUCCCUAAAAGUUCGUGUACUGGAGUAAAGCGAGCUUUCUUGAACCAAUUGGGACCACUUUAAAGAUGGAAUUCCGUCGCAAGUGCAGCAAAUCGGCGAUGCGUCACAAAUCGCAAAAACGCAAAACCGUUGCUGGACAAGAUGUGGAGCACGUCAAUGAGAUCUUUAAGGUGAGGCCUUAAAAAUGUGUUUUUUGAAAACUUGACAUCUAGUACUGUACUUUUGUAGUUCACACUUUUUUUGUACCUCCCGUCCCUGGAGAACUGUGGUGCUUGGAAGUUGGGACUGAAAUGCGUAAGCUUCUAGCGAUCCCUGCCUUCCAAGCGUUACAGUACGCCAGGGAGUGGUCGUACAAAAAAGAUGUCAACUACAAAAAUGAAGAGCUUAACUGGUACUGUAUUUUUGUAGUUGAACAUUUUUUUCUACAACCACUCCCAAAGGUGCUGCAGUCCUUGGAAGUUGAGCAUAGUUGAGCAAACGAACUCCAACUUUAAAGCGCUACAGUACUCCAGGGAGUGGUCGUACAAACAAGUUGUCAACUACAAAAAUGGAGUACUAGAUGUCAAGAUUUCACAAAAAAUGUCUAGACCUACAGUAGCCCUUUCAGUUCCCCCGAAUCUCCGAGUCAUUUCUCCUGGACGGAAGCCUGAAGCUCACUUGUGUUGUCUCGUUCAAAAAUGGAAAUCAACGAUGUUUCGAGGCGAGCGUCACACAUUACACGAACACGUAUAUUGUGCAACUAUUUUUGUAGGGUCAAAUAUCGGUAAAAGAGUUGUGUCGCUUGAGAAACGGCACAAAAGUGUUCAAGUUUGUCGAGCUGGCCAAUGUGAAAUUGUGUAAGCAUACAAUAUUUAUACAUGUACUUUGUGUGUGCUCAAAAAUGGCAUUCAGACAGUAUCGACGAGGAGGAUGAGCAUCCGGACAUGUACGAUUGGAUCAUUUCUGUGUGA